GGCGGGCUCAGCAAUCGGCAGCGCCAGGCUCUGUUAGCCAAGUCUGAGCAUCGCGGAGGAUGCGGCGCUGCAAGCGGCUGCUGGGACACGCGCAAGGUGAACGCGGGGGCUGCCUGCGCGACGCCCAGGUGAGGAACUGGCAAAGGAAGGGGGCAAUGGUGGGGCCCAGGCAGGGAGCAUGGCCUGCAGCCCCGGUCUCAGCAGGGCGCAGAAGGGCCUGCACCAGAGCCCACCCCGACCCAGAACACUGCGGGAAGGCGCGGAGCCAGGGGCCAGGAGAAGGAGGACGAGAGGUAACCUGAGAUGGGCCAGCUCCCAGACGCUGCCCUGCACUGCCCUCUCCCUAGACCCUGAGACAAGGAGAUAGCCCUCCCCCCCUCCAAAAAACCCCCACAUUUCUCCAGCAGCUGGAACCUAGUGCUGGGCAGCCCCCUCUUUGUCCGCAGAUGCCCACAUCUCUUGGAGUUGGGGUGGUGAGCAGAUGGCAUAUGCUUAUUGAAGGCCCAGCUCAGCUGUCUCCUCCUCUGCAAAGCUUUUUGGACUCCUCCCUGUGCAAAAUGAUCUACAGCGCGUUUCACAAUGCCUAGUAGGACUGUGUGACCUUGGGCUUAUCCAGUGAGGACUGGAAGUUGAGGGUUCUAGACCCAGGCAUCAGAGUGGACCAUGGCCUCCAGCCCAUGGGGCCAUGUACAUGGCCUCCUGCUGCUAUUGCUGCUGCUGUCUCUGGGGGCUGGCCCUGCCCUGGGCGGGGGCCUUCCCAAGGCACAAGGGGACUGGGAACCACACCUGAUCCCAGGAGCCCACCCCAGGGGCCCUGUUGGCACAGAGCCCGAAGCCUUCCUCUGGCAGAAGUCCAGAGAUGAGAGCCCUUGGAACUCCAGUGUCCCCCAGGUCCCUGCGGAGGAGGUGCCUCAAAGGAUCGAAGAGUCUCCCCCUGGCCCAGCCCUGCAUGGACCUCAAGCAGCCCAGGGGGCUCAGAGAGAAGGACUCCCAGUAACUGAUGACUUCCAGGUGGCUCAAGGGCCAAAUUCUCAGGGCUGGACAGGACCUCCUGACUCACAGGAGCCUCUGGAGCAAGAUGCACCAGCACCCCAUCCAGUGGGGUCCCCCCAUCUCACUUUCAUCCCAACAACUCCCCGACUCCAGCUCAGGAUAGCCACAGUUCCUCCCUCCCCAAGGGAGCCUGGAGGCCAAGUGGGACAGCGACCAGUUAGAGAUGAGGGUCUGGUUGCUGAAGCCAAGCCCAGGGUCUCAGAGACAUCCCCCUCAGCCCACCAGGGUCCUCCCCACACUCUUGCACCCCACUCAGGCACUAUCAGGAGGCCAGUGCUGGAAGAACAGGAUGGGGGUGAGGAAGACUUCCAAGAGGCAGCUCAAGGUCCCAUCUUCACCCAGCAGGAUCCAGCAGCCUCUGUGAUUGGCUCAGUAUCCCCAGCUGAGGUGGCAUCCACUCAGGAGCCUGGGUUCCAGCCAGACCUGACACUGACCAGAAGCCUUCCUCCUGCCAACGAGCUGCCAGCUGAGCCCCCCAAGAAGGCUAAAGGUGGGGAGAUCUGGGCAGUCAGUUUUCCAAGUCCCUCACUGAAGCAGGCUGACUUCCCUGAUGUUCAGGGCUCCCCAGGACCCCAACCUUCAGGUCCUCCAGCUUCAGAGACUCCUCAUGAGCAGCCCAAGCCAGAGAUAGCAGCAAUGAAUGGAGCAGACCCCAUCUCUCCCCAGAGGGUGAGAGGAGCAAUGGGGGCCCCAGAAACUCCCAAGGCCCUCAUCCCCCCUGGCCCCUCGGACCCGGGCCCAGCUACAAACCAAACGGAAAGUCCUGUGAGGACCCUGCAGCCAGACGAAGCCGAGGAGUGGCCGGGGCGCCCCCAAAGCCAUCCCCCGGCACCCCCAGUCCCGGCCCCCUCGACGUCCCGCCGGGGCCUCAUUUCCAUGGCAUCUGCCCCAGCCUCUAGCCCUCCGGCCAACGCCACCGCACCCCCCCUGCGCUGGGGUCCCCUUCGGCGGGUGCUGAGCUUUUCCUGGGAGCUGCACGUCUAUGGGGUAGGGGUGCUCUUUCUGCUGCCGGCGUUGCUGGCAAUGGCCUCUCUGGCAGCCGCCUCUACGGGGCCCUGGCUGGCACUGGUGGCGGCCGUGCUGGUGCUCCUAGCAUCGGGGCUGCGAUCUGCCUACAUGCUUGCCGACCCCUACGGCUCGCAGGCGCGGCUGGGCUUACGCGCCGGCCUGGUGCUCUACAACCUACCCUUCCCCUUGCUGCUCACCGCGUUGGCGGCCCUGACCCUGCUAGGACUGGGUGCGGGGCUGCCCCCGCAGCUGCAGAACCCGCUUCUGCUCGGAGUCCUGGCGUUGACUCACGGCGUGGGGUUGCUCGCUACCGACCUGCUGUCGUCGACGCCGACGCUCAACCUCCUGGCUCAGGGCUUCUCCUGGUCCUUGCUCCGUGGCCGCUGCCGGUCGCUCAGCGACGUGCGCGUCCGCGGGCCGGUCCCACCACACGUCGUGGAUGAGCCGGAUCAGGUGGCUUCUGGCAGCUCCAUGGACAGCUUCUCCCGGGGCUCGCUCAAGAUCAGCUGGAACCCGUGGCGACACGGGCUGUCGUCGGUGGACAGUCUGCCCCUAGAUGAGCUGCCCAGUACGGUGCAACUACUGCCAGCCCCAGCCACUGCAGCUGCUCCCAGCCGGCCCAUAGAACCCCGGAGUGCGGUCCAGCCUUCCUGCAAGCCAGGGGACUCUCGCAGCGCCUCCAGUGACACCAUUGAACUCUGAGCCGACCCCACACUGUUGCAGGACCAGCCUUCAGAGACCAUAUGGCAUGGCCGACUGGGACAGUUGAGCCCUUAAAAAACUGGCAUCCUGGGGCCUGAACCUGAUUGCAGCCCCUGGAAGCAGCCGGGAGUGUCCCCAACCCCCACCCGCGUUUUUUGUUUUUUAAAUAUCUCUAUUUUUUUCCAGCAGGUAUUUUGCACAGAGGCUGUGAUUUAUAUGGAAUACAGGGUGGACAUGCAUGGAUUUAGGUAUGGGGAAUGGGGUCCAGGUGCCCCAAACACCCCUCCAGACUCCCCAUUGCGGAAGGAUGAGGCUCGCUUGUCUAGAUUGAAUGUCCUCUUUGUGCCAAAGAAAUAAACCUUUAGGACUUGG